AUGCCUUUGGAGGUCAUACGUUACACUCCGGACGAGCUGCUCCACCUCCGCGAGUCACCCCUCAUCCAGAAACCCGAUGGCCUGCCCGCGAUAGAACAAUGGAUGGAACCUGCGCCCGACCAGAACCAGCGCAAAGGAGGGCGCACGCAAGGUGUCCGGAAUGACGACGCAGCGCAACCCGGCGAGAACGGCCAGCGCGCCUCGCUCUUCCCCAACAAGCACUUCACCCGCCACUCAAACACAGCCCCCGAGGACAUUGUGCUAGGACCCCCCAAGAUGGCCUUCGCCUCCUCGUCGCGUGUCCCAAAGCUGACCGACACCAACGACAAGGACGAGGAUGCCGACGCCCGUGCCAAGGAUAUCCGUGACAAGUUCUUCAAGGAUCGUGAGGAGCGCAAGAACGGCCCGCUGAACGGCCGCCGUGCUCGCGAUGAGGGCGAAGGCUGGACCAACGUGCGCGGCCGCAAGGCCUCGUUCAGCGAGGAUGCCGAUCGCCCACCCCGCAUUGGCGGACGCUUCACCCGCGAAGCCGAUGGUGAAGAGGCGGCCCCGCGUCGCAACGGUGCCCGAGGCAGAUUUGAACAGCCCUGGCUCCGCGACAACGUCGAGGCCAAGGAAGCAGACACUGGUCAUGGCAGUUGGCGCGACCGCGGCAACGCCCGCGAACGUGACUGGACUCGAGGCAGCAACAACCACAACCGUUUGGAGGAAGAGCCCGAGUGGAUGGACACUACACCCGUCAAGAAGAAGGACGACAUUGGCAUGGCUCGCUUCUCGCGCGGCAAGGGCGGUGCUGAGUGGUUCGAAGACAUGCCCAAGGACGACAAGAAAGCGCACACCCAGGAAGAUUUCCAGCGCUGGAAGGAACAGAUGAAGGCUGGAAAGGCUGCGGAUGAGAAGGAAAAUGUUCCUGAGCCUGCUCCUGCCAAAGACACGCCUACGUCGUCGAAGCCCAUUACGCCCAUGCUUCUUGACGGUAAGGACAUGUUCGGUAUGUGGGGUGCUGCCGCUGUCCGGCAGGAGAGUCCUGCAGCAACGGAAGGCGCCACGGCACCACCGAAGCCGAAGCUUCCUGCGAAGCAGUCCAAGUUCGCCAAGUUGUUCUCGCCGCAAGAGGAACAACAACAGCCUCAGCAGCAGCAGAUUCAACCCGAGGCGCUUUUCGGUGCAGCAAAUGGCAAUAAUGAGGAUAAGGAGGGUUUCCAGCGUAUUCUGCAGAUGCUUGGCAACACUAGCAUCCACACCCAGUCGCCCUCCCAAGGCUCGGCGCCUCAGAGCAGGAAGCCAUCUCUCUUCUCUCCUGUCGAGACGCGCUCGCCCGACCGUGAUACCGUGCACGUCCAGCCUCAGCCGACCCGUCAUCAUAUCCUUAGGUCGCGCGAAGAGAAGGCCGGCUUCAUUGAGUCCGUCCUCGCUCCUCGCGGCACGCCCACGGAGUUCAAGGGUCCUCAGGGUGUCUUUGGACCCUUCUCUCCCGCAGGUGAGCCGGGCCCGGAGCAGCUGCGCCAGGAGCCGAUGCGUCAAGAGCCCAGGCCUGAGAGCAUCCGAUCCCCCGAGGAGCGCAUGCACCAAGCAACCCCUAGCAGCAAUGGCAUGGGCAGCUUCGGCAUCCAGGGCCUGAUGUCAUCACAGCCUCCGCCUCACGCAGCGCAGCUUUCUAGAGAUAGAGAAUUCCUGCUCAACCUGAUGACUCAGCCACAGCGCAACACCCCGCCCCAGCCUACGCAAGCUCGUCCGCCGCCGCCGCCUGAGCUCUUCACCAACUUCAUGGAGUCCAAGGCAAUGCCCCCGCGUGCGAACCCUCCUCCCGGCUUGUUCGACGACCGCCAGUUCCCGGAGAACGAUGUUCGCUACCAGCCGCAGCCGCAACGCCGCAUGCCUGAGAAUCCCGAGAUCGAGAACGCCAUGCGUCGUGCUGGCCGCUUCAAUCUUCCUGUCCACCCCGGCCUUGACGACCCUGCGAUUGCUGGCCUUCAGCGUCGGGGAACUGCGGAUGCUGGCAUUCCUCGCGGCCAGCUGAACAACAUGGGCAUCCCGCACCAGGGUCCUCCUGACCAGAUGUGGUCCAUGAAGCCUCCCGGUCUCCAGCAGCCGCAGGAUCGUCCUCCUGUCUCAAGUAUGGCUCCUCCGCCUGGCUUCCCUGCGGCAAACCGUGGCCCUCCGGGCUUCGGCGGCCCGAACAUGCCUCCAUUCUCUGCCGGCAACACCCCUCUUGGACACCCCGGCAUGCGUGGUCCUCCGGUGCAGGGCCCUCCUUCGGCUGGUCCCGGACCCUCCCCCAUGUUCAGCCCGCCUGGUCACGGCGGCCCGCCGCACGGCUACUUCGGCCCCCCGCAGGGCCCCCCGCCGCCUCCCGGAUUUGGCGGUCCCGGUCCUGGCCCUAUGGGUAUGAAUGGACCGGGAGCGCACCACGACCAGGUGCAGCAGAUGCUUGGACUUCGCGGUGGUAGUAUCGGCGGCCCUCCCCCGGGAUUCGGCGGUCCUGGCGCCAUGGGCAUGCUUGCGCGCGGUCCCGGCGGACCGGUCGGCCCUGGCCUCAACGGAAUGGACUUCUUCGAGAACCAGAGGAGGGGCAGCCAUGUCCAGGGUCCUUUUGGACCUUAG